GAUGUCAACAAAGCAGCUCCUGAAUCACAGAACGCGCUCCAUGUCCACACUCAGACCCGGGUUCGGAUCGAUGCGGACCCGCAGCGCUCGGUGACGGUCCAGCUCAGACCCCGGUUCGGCACCAUGCGGACCCGCUGUGACCUGUGACGGGCCGCGGACGCGCAGGAGGAGCCGUUUGUGCAGGGUGUCAGAGGAAGUGAUGUCGGAGCAGCAGCAUGACAGCGAGGCGUCAGCGCCGGUGUACGUGUACGAAUCCAAGGUGCACUGUGCCAAUGUGCUGCUGAGCCUGGAGGAACAGCGGCGGCGGGGGCUCCUCUGUGAUGUCACGGUGCUGGUGGAGGGCAGGGAGGUCCGGGCUCACCGGGCUGUCCUGGCUGCCAGCAGCAGCUACUUCCUGCAGGUCCUGCUGGGACACAGCGAGUCGACAGGCAGCGCUGAACCCAUCAUCAGCCUGCCAGACAAGGUGACAGCUAAUGGUUUUGCUCCGCUGCUCCAGUUCGCUUACACUGCCAAGCUGGUGUUAAGUCAAGAAAACAUCCAUGAGGUCAUUCUGUGUGCCGACCUCCUUGGUGUGCACAACUUGGAGGAUUCCUGCUUCCAGUUUCUUCAGGCUCAGUUGGAGAGUGACGGACAGCACUCCAGAAAUUGCAAGGUGCAAUACGAUGAAGAGGAUACCGUCUUUUCCCAAGACCUUUCCUUUGAUAGCGGUUCAGAGACAAAGAAGGAAAGCUCUCCAACAGCUGAUGCUGCUUCCCCUCAUGAAGAUCUUCCACAAAGCCCAAAAUCCUGGAAGUACCAGCAGCAGGUUUGCGACGACAAGCACAAUGGAUUAGGUCAACAGACCAUUCCUACUAUGACGAGUUCAGAGUUGACAGACUCCUGUGCUGCUCCCCAGACCCUUCUCAACCCCUCCAGGAUUAAAGUGGAGCCCUUUGAUGAAUCAGGACACGAGAGGAAUGGCUUCAACGCAGAGUUUGGUACUGAAGAGGUUCUGGAGAUGGAGUUGGAGGUGGAGGGAGUUCCAGUUGCAGAUAAGCCGUCCGCGGACGGGGAAUUAGCCUCUUCCUGCCUGCGUUCAUACCUCCAGCGAGGCGGCCUGGAUCUCGGCACCAUGACUGGCAGCACCAUUCAGCAGCUUCUCUCCAACCAUCUGUCCAUCAGUCACUACAGGGAGCUGCUCAAAGACAGGCAGAGGAGUAAGAUGGACUCUCUAAGCCAAUCCAACCUCAACAGCGUCAAUGAUGGAGACAUGCAGCAAUCCAAGACGUCUUCUCAGUAUGAAGGAGAGCCAGACAGACGUACCGUCAUUUUCUCCUCUGCUGCUGGUGAGCAACCUUCGUUGUCCAACAGAGAAAAAACCUCAACUAUGGAGCAAGAGGAGACUUCCUCACCUCACCUGACAUGCCUCACCAGCUCUCCUGUCUCCAUCAAGACAUUAGCUGCCUCUCCUGUUCCAUCCGAACCCCAAACUCAGACUCCCAGCUCCCACUCCUCAUAUCCAGAUGACAUAGCCACUGGUAGCUCCCCGUCCAGCCUGGCCUUUGACCUCUCCUCUGCCCCACAUGUUGGCUCAGUCUCGGCUCUUCCUCGUUGUCUGGUCGGCGUGGUGGAAGCCCGGACGCCUCUGAGAAGUGAGGUUGUCUUCAGCCAGGGCCACAUCAAGAUCAAAAGUGAGCAGGAGUUUGGUACCAGUGGAGGAAACUCCAGCGAUGAGUCUGAAUCGUUCUCAGAAGGCGACAGCGAAGGUGGAUCCAGAGUCUCUGGCCCUGAGGUGAAGCUGCCGUUCCCGGUGGAUCAGAUCUCCAAUCUGCCUCGCAACGACUUCCAGGUCCUCAUCAAGAUGCACAAACUGACCUCAGAACAGCUGGAGUUCAUCCAUGACAUCCGGAGGCGCAGCAAGAACCGCAUCGCUGCUCAGCGCUGCCGUAAGAGGAAGCUGGACUGCAUUCAGAACCUGGAGACAGAGAUCCGAAAACUGGUGUCUGAGAAGGAGAAGCUGCUGAGUGAGAGGAACCAGCUACAGGUCUGCAUGUCCGAGCUCUGGCAGAACCUCUCCUUCCUCUCGCAGCAGGUGUGCAGAGAGGUCCAAACCAACCAGACUCCGCACGCCUCCGCCACUAUCGACCUCACCUCAGAUUGUCCGGACCAGGACCCCGUGAAACCCAGAUCCGGCAUGGUUGGCGAGAACUCUGAGGAGCUGGAGAGCAGACGGAAAGUCCAGGACGUAUUCGGUCGGAAGGGGCAGAACUCAGACGGUCCAGUGGUUCUGGAAUCCAGGGAGGAAUUGUGUAGCCCCACAGUGACAGUGGACUUCUGUCAGGAGAUGACUGUGAAGUGCACAACGGAAGAACCGGACACGCAGGACUCGUCUUGAGCAGAACCGGUUUGUUUACCUGUCUGACACACCUAUGAUCUCAUCAGUACUAACAGAGGUGGGCAUUUUUUUUAUUUGGACAGGUAAGAACGAGCAAGUUGGCAGCUUGUUUCCUCUUUUUAAACGAUCCAUUCUCCCGUUUAUCACGUUUUUUUCUCAGGAAAUGUACAAACUGUUCAGUUUUCUCCUCCUUAACUUCUCUUUAAGUAUUACAAAAAUAAGUGUAACUGGUUCUAAAAAGGAGAAGAAGCCUCAGAGCUGCAUGUAGGUCUAAAAAAGAAAACCAGUUUAAAACCAGUGAGAGCUGCUGCUUACAAAAUGAUUCAACUUUGACCUGCUGAUGUCUGGCAAAGAGGUUCCAGCAUUUGGUGGAGCUGUUUUCUUGGAAAACAUGGAAGUACUGAUGUAUACGCUGCAAAAACACAACAUUUUACCAGGUAUUUUGGUCUAGUUUUUAGUACAAAUACUUUAUUACAAGUAAGAUAAGAUAAAACUAACUUACAAGUAACAUUUUCAGCAGAGAAUAUGUAAGUAAUUCAUUGAAGUUGAUGGAAAAAGUUCAAGUAGAUUUUUUCACUUAUAACAAUAUAUUUCCCCCAUGUUAUAAAUUAAAUAAUCUACCAGUGGAAAUAGUAGUUUUUCCAUCAACAUUAAGGAAUUAUUUGCCUAAACAAGCUCCUGUUGUUGAUGAAAAGUUACUUGUAAGUUAGUUUUAUCAUGCAUAAUGAGGUAGACAAAAAAUCUUGGUAAGAUUUUGUGUUUUUGCAGUGAUAUUUGCACAAUAGAUUCAAUCAAAUUGUAUUUGUAAACAGACCAAUUUAAACUGAUCAAAAAUCAGUUUACUUUUCAUUAUUGUUAAAUAUUUUUCAUGAAUUACAGAGUUUGAAAAUGCAAAUUUUGGUCUGUAACUUCAUCCCAAUUUGGAACAAAAGGUUCUUAUAAAAUAUGACUCUUCAAACUUUUGGGUGACCUUCUGAUGGCAGAUAUCAUUAUUAUUAAGGUGAUAUUUAAAAGAUUCCUACAGUAGAAUAUGUAUAUUAUAAAAAGUCUGUAUGACUUGAGAAUUUGUCCCUUGAGCAGCAUACAAACAACUGAGAUGAUCAUCACCUAUGAAAACAAUAAUCAUUUCAUCAAACUUAAGUGUAAAUUAUCAAAAAACGAACAAUAAAAACAAUAAAUCUGUAAAAACAAAAGACUAAUGUGAAAGUAUAUCGCAAAAGAAAACUCCCAAAUUAAAAGAUUCAACAACAGAACAACAUGGAGUCGUCUUGAAGAUUGUUAGCCAAAAUGGCUACUUUGGCCAUUAUGGCGAAAGUCGCCAUGUUUGGCCGUAACGGACGCCACCAUGUUUGAAAGUAACGGGAAAAAAAAUCAGCAAAACCAUCACAAUCUUCACACACCAGCUGCUUAGCACGGUGGUGGAGCGCGGAUGACAUCUAAAUGUUGGUUCAAGCUCGAUUUUAGGCGUUAACACAGUCGGAUAAUCUACAAAAACAACAACAACAACAACAACAACAACAAAAAAAACGGCUGAAACAGAGGAACGACAGCGUUGCCACGGCAACAGCUGUGGGUCGCCCCCCGCAACUGACCCCAACGCAGUCGGUUUACAUCCCGGCUCGGUGUUUUCAGUUUCUCACUUCAGUUCACUCUCGUCUGUCCAGUUUGAAAAUCAAUGUGUGCAUCACGGCGGUCAAAUUGUUUUACAAACUGCCGCUGUUUAUUGGGACUUCCUGGGAAAUGGCGGUUACCUAGAAAACGGUCAGGAUGGCGUUUCAACGACACAAAGGACUUUGGCGGGAAAUCACGUUUUUAUUUUUAUUUUUUAUUUUUCUGUUUAGUGAAGCAGUUGUUGUAGUUUUGACAGGAAGCAUGAAAAUCAAGCCUCUAAACGAAAUAAUUUGAUUCCUGAUCGCUCCGAUCAUCAAGCACAUCCUGUUUUUAGUAGACUCUCACUGCUGCCCCCUGCUGGAAACAGCAUUACACAUAUUGUCAUGUCAUCAAUUUCCUAAAAAACAAACAAACAACAACAACAACAUAAAAAAAACAGUCAUCUUUUGCGAAGUGAUUUAUCUGAAAAAAAAAAUCCAAAUCAUCUUUUGUGAUUUUUAAAAAUGUAUUUAUUUUUUAAAUCACUUCUGGCAAAAAAUGACUUAGGCCACAUAUUUUGGGAAGGUGACACAAUUCACUCUAAUUUGUAAGGAAAUAUCAAUGCAGAAUAAGAUUCAACCAGACUCAAAAUGCAUGGAUGGAUUUAUGUUUUUACUUGUUUUAUUUUAACGUGUCUAUUAGGGUUUUGCUAAUGUAUUUUUAAGAUUUGAUAGUUAAGCUGCAGUUUAACAUUCUUAUUAAAAAAAGUUUGCCCUGUGUUUCAGGGAAAACAUCAGACUUCAAAAACACAACUAAUACCUUCAUGAUGAGCUUAGAUAUUUGAGUUUUGCUGGAACUCCCCUUGUUUUCACAGCCAGAAUUUAUGUAAAUAUCUGUAGAAAGAAGAUUUGCGUAAUUAGUGCAGGUUGGAUUUGUUAGGAUUAGGAUUAACUCAUUCAGGAAUUCAGGUAUAUUCUUUCACCAGAGUAGAUGUUUCUGCUCCUGCUCCCAGUUUCUGCAGCAGCUGCUAAAAUAGAGCCCAAACGCCCUGCUCUCCAUGUCUGUGCAACUUUAAAAUUCACAUAUCAUGUAAAUUUGUCAAGGCGGUGAUCAAUUUGUCCUUACACACCAGUUUGUUCUUUAAAUAAACACUGUGGUACAGUAUUGAUCGUUGGGAUGCCAAAUUCAUGUGUUGAAAAGUCGAUGCGGGAGCACGUGGCUGCACAGAGUGCUGCUGCUGUUUGAUUCAGCCUCCAACGUGUUGCAGCGCUGCAGUUGGCCUCCUGUUGUCCACAGUAGGGUCACAGGGUCACUGUGGACACCCACCCACAACUGGAGAUGUUUACAACGGUGGUAAACAUUUGAAGCUGCUGUAUUCACCCCGAUUUAUUUAUCUGGGUUCUUUGCAGAUCAAAUUCUUGUUAAUCUGGACUUAUUUAUUUGUUGUAAUAUUUGACCUCCUCCUACCCUGACUAUUACACAACAACAUAUUAGGGCCUUCGCAAAUAGAAAAAAGAAAAAAAUAGAAAUUUCUGCCAAAAACUUCCGAAAAAUUUUAAUUGAUAUUAGAAAUAUUCUGGAAAAAAGCUUGGAAACACUUGAUAUUUAAAAGUUGAAAGUUUACUAGAAAAAACAUUGAGAAAUGUUAAGGUGAAUCUGGGAAAUUUUCUAGAAAAAUACAGAAAAUUUCUUAGUUCCAAAUUUAAAACAUUUUUCCAGAAUAACUAAACUUUUUAGAUAAAAAAAACUUGGAAAUGUUUGAGCUCCAAAGGUUUAAAAUUUGUACAAAAAAUAAGAAAUCUUUUAGAUUAAUAUAGAAAAUUUUCUAGAAAAUACUUACAAAUUCCAGUUUCAGAAAAAAAAAAUCUUAGACUAUUUAAAAUAAUCCAAAAAAAAUCAGUUUUUUUCUUGCAAAUGUUCAACUUUUGAAACUCAAAAAUGUCCAAGAUUUAUUUUUUAAUAUUAAUUUACUUCUCCUUUUUUCUGUCUAUAAUGGCCCUAAUAUGCUGUCUUCUCUAUUUUUUUUCUUCUGUAACAUAUAAUUCAGGCUAAAUUUUGUUUAUUUUAAAAUACACAAUGUUUUGAUAACAUUUUGAGAAAAAAUACUAAAGUCAUUUGAUCAAACAACUUUGCAUGUAUAGGUGGUUGAAAAUGGGCUAAAAAUUGGUCCAAAUGUCAUUAUUGGCUAGUUAAAUAAUAACCCUGAGGCAGCAGCAUAAACAGGUUUGGUUCUGAGCAACUCUGGGUAAAAAGCAGAACCAAUACGAGUCCUAAAUAUGUUUUGCAAUUUCUACUAAUUUCCAUAAUGCCUAUUGAAGACCCAGGUUAUCUUUUAUAGAUACUGUUGAUAAGUUGCCAAAAUAAGUUGCACACAAUGAACCCACAUGGAUUCUGAGCAAAUUCCACUUACAUCCCACAUCAAAAUGUUGGCUAGUUAUUUUUCUUGCUUCAGGAGGAGUUCCUAAAAUAAAAUUAUACCAAUGUACAUUUUGACUUUAGUCCAUAAACAUUGAGUUUCUGGAUUGAGAUGCAGUUCGGUUAUUGAGUUGAACAUUCUGCAGCAGCAUCGGCCGUUCAGGAGAACUUUUGGGACAUUUGGACUUGAUACCAGAUAAAAAAAACAAAACGAGAAGAAUCCAUGUUUGGAUUUUCAGCAUUUCUCCUUUGCAACAGACUCUGUGUUUCUAACUUUUUACUCUGCGUACUUCUUUGUAGGAUUUGUGGACCAUUUUUACCUGUUUUGUGUAACUGUUAACCGAUGACUGUUAUUUGCAACUUUUCUUUUUAAGUCUCUGAAUGAGGUUUCUCUGGCUUUUGUAAAAACUGAACAACAUGUCACAUCCCAUUUAUUUGAUAAGAAAAAAAAGGUCUGACAGGAACAAAAAAAAAUUGUUUUUGUAGAGAAAUAAAAGCAUGAGGACUGUU